AUGGCCAAUGGACAGCAAAUAACAAAGCUCAGUGUCUCCACCUCUAAGGACGAAGAGGAAAUACUCGGAGCUCAAGGCUAUCAGCUCAUCAAUGUUGACCUCAAUCAAGGUGCUGGUGGAAACCAGGUCCUUCUGUGGUACAAGAAAGAGUGUGGCAACAGACCUGUGACCAGGAUCCAGUUUUCAUUCAAUGAGAACAUGAAACCUGGUCUGGCUGAUGCUGGGUAUGAGCUGGUCAACCGAGAUCUGAACGCAGGAGUUCGUGGAGAUCACGUCUUUCUGUGGUACUUCUACGGGAGCACUGAAUAUGACAUUCCUAUUGUGAACCUGCAGGUAACCACAGACGCCAAAGAAGAGCCUGCUCUUCUGCAAGAUGGCUGGGAAAGGCUGGGCUGUGAUCUGAACCGUAAUGCAGGAGGAAACUUCAUCUACCUGUGGGUGAAGAGAGAGAAGCCGAGCUAUAUCUGCGAGAUCACAGCAUCAGUUGACUUCUCUUCUGACAAGCUCCUGUUUCAGAUGGGCUACACUCGUGUGGAUGAACACACCAAUCGAGGCGCUUGUGGAAACCCCGUCUUCCUCUGGUAUCGGCGCACAACCGAUAAGAGCAAAGCUCUCACUGCUCUUAACAUAUCCACCUCCCUCCAGGAGGUAUCAAAGCUUCAGGCUGAAGGCUUUAAAAAGCUCAGUGUUAAUCUCAAUAAAGGAACCAGUGGAAAAGAUGUCUACGCCUG